AUGUCUUCACCGACAAAACGACCCCUUACAGCACAAGAACAUAUCCUUCAAAACUCCGGGGACGCGGCUCCACAGAAUGGCGUGGAUCCUGACCUCGCAGUACGCCUCCGCAACAUGGCGUCCAGGGUGAGGAAGAGCGUCAUGGAGGGCUAUGCUGCAUCUGCGCCAGUCUCUCCUAAUGUUUCCCCCUCAAAACAAGCGCUGCCGUUCACAAGAACCCUUCCUUUCAAGUCCGCCAAGGAUACCCUCAGAGAAGUCCACAUGUCCCUCCCGAAUCGCGGCAAUGCACGAACAGUUUCUGCCAACAAACGGAAGCUCGCGAUGCUCGAGGAGGUAGACGGAGAUGCAUCAGACUUCGACGACGAGUUGGACACCGCCGGACACUCGCAUAUCGCACUGGACGCGCAAGAAGCACACCAUGCUCACAUGCUGCGAUCGCAGAGUAUGCAUGCUCGCCCGAUGAAACCCCUCAGGGGCACGAGGCCAAUGGGCACUCGUUCUCUUCCCGCUGCCGCCAUACAUAACGUUCUCGGUAUCUCCCAAUCGUCGGACACUAUGGAGGACUGGAGCCAUGCUAACUUCCCAGACGCGAGGUCCUGA